UCGCUGUACUGCUCGCAAUCACACAAAUGUAUGCGGUUAUGUGUAUAUCCACUAUUUCUGCAAAAAGAAAGAAAUCUAAAGACACCAACAGCGACGACAAUGAUGGUGAUAACGAUGACAGCGAUAAUGACAAUGGUGAUGGCGACGACGGCGGUGAGAAAGAAGACGACGACGACGAAGACAACGAUGGAGACGGAGGCGAUGAUUGUUCAACAAUGCUGACAAUAAAGUGACGGGUGUAGUAAUUCCAGUGAGAGCUGAUUUUGCGAAAGCCUCUUGCGCGCAAAACUAUUGGACCGCCCUCCCAAUCUUUGUCGCAAUAUCUCCCUACUGCGAAAUCCCAUCCGUCUUCCCUCCUACGUCAUUUGCAUUCCGCCGCAAAAUUAAAUCUUUCCAAAUUCGCAUUUAAACCACCACGUGAAAUCCGUACGGCGUUCAACCAAAAGGUCGAGAAAUUUCGCAUUCAAUUACAAAUAGUGGAAGAAGAAUUUUAUCCAAA